AUUAUCUUCUAUGACUAAAAUCAGGUGUUCAGUUUCGAUUGGUUUCGAUCCUUUCUGAGUUACGUGUACUACUGUGUUAAAAUACUUUUUAUAAAUAAUAAUUUAUAAACAAUCUUGAAACUUCGAUUUGUGUAUAGCGUGUAUAGUAAGUUUUCCGAGAGAAUUCAUCCAGAGAUUUGAAGAUAUUGCAUUUAAAUUUAGUGAAGGAUUUUGUGAAGCAAUUCAUUCAGUUUUCAAAGCAAACCAAAGAUGACAACUUGGCAGAACAAUCCAGGUGGUGGAUAUCCAAGACAAGAAGAUCAAUAUCCGAAUCCAGGUUAUCCGGGUUAUCCGCAGAAUCCGGGCUAUCCUCCAAAUCCAGGUUAUCCGCCAAAUCCGGGUUAUCCACCAAAUCCAGGUUAUCCGCCAAAUCCAGGAUAUCCGGGCGCUUUUCCAGGAGGAGCUCCGCCAGAUCCAGGAUUUAUUCCACCAGGAGGUCCAGCAUACGGUCAGCCACCACCACAAGGACCAGGAAUGUACGGGUCAAAUUAUGCCGAGGAUCCGAUGCACGAUGAAAUCAAGGGAUUCGAAUUUAAUGAUGAAUCCAUUCGAAGAGGUUUCAUAAGAAAAGUAUAUUCAAUAUUGAUGAGUCAGCUUCUUCUCUCAGUGGGAAUAAUCGCAUUAUUUACUUAUCAUAUGCCCACUAAAAGAUGGUUCCUUGCUAAUCCAGCGACGGUUUGGGUCGCACUUGGUGUCACACUUGUUCUCCUAAUAUGCAUGGCAUGCUGUUCCAGUGUUCGUCGCAAGGCGCCAAUGAAUUUCAUAUUUCUCGGCAUUUUCACCGGCGCUGAAUCAUUUUUACUGGGAGCUAUUUCUUCUAGAUAUGAACCAGAAGCGGUUAUACUCGCUGUCGGUAUCACCGCCGCCGUAUGCUUUGCACUGACAAUAUUUGCAUUCCAAACGAGAUUUGACUUUACGGCAUUAAAUGGAAUUCUUUUUGCCGCUCUAAUCGUUUUCGUUCUGUUUGGAAUAAUUGCUAUGUUCUUCAAGGGAAGAACAAUAACGCUGGUGUACGCAUCAAUUGGAGCACUAUUGUUCUCCGUGUAUCUUGUGUACGAUACACAAAUGAUGAUGGGAGGUAAACAUAAAUACUCGAUAUCGCCCGAAGAAUAUGUCUUCGCUGCACUCAAUCUCUAUCUGGACAUUGUCAACAUUUUCUUGUACAUUUUGACCAUUAUCGGAGCUUCGAGAGACUAGGAGUAAUUUUAGUUACAGCAAUGAUAUUUAAUUCGAGAAAUCGCUGUAACUAUGUAUACCAAUUACAAAAAACAAAAUUCAGUAAGAUUUAAAAAAUAUUUCUUGCUUCUUAUGUGUAAAACUCUUCUUAAAAAAAGAAAAAGAAAAGGAUAAUCCAGAUAAUCAACGAACGAUUUUUCCUUUAUACGAAAUAUGACUUUUUUUCUCAAAAUUAAAAUUAAGAAAAUUUAUCCAGUGUAGUGUCGCAUUAAACGAUUGGAUUUGGAUAGCUUGGGAUAUAUUUGUUAAUGGUAAUUAUUUAUGUAUCAUUUAUUUUCUUAUACUCGUUCUUAUACUUAUUUUCGUAUGUUUAUAAACUCUUUCAAAGUUUUGCAAAAAGGAAAAAAACGAGUAAGAAAAAAGUCUUUCAAAGUAUUAUCCGUAAUCAGAAAUUUUGUCUAUAAACCAAUAAUUGAGAUUUUCUUUUAUUAUUGAGUAAUAGUUUUACUCAGACAAUAAUUCGAUUUCUUGGUUAAGAUUUAAGAAACACUUUCAACAAAUAGUUUUUGAGAAUUCAGGAGAUAAUUAUUUUUUCAAUAUUGUGUUUAGUAGUAGAAAAAAUUAAAUUUUUUAAUAAUUUUCUAAAAUAUACUUAAGUUAAGGAAAAAUGGAAAAAAUGUCAUAGAAAUUUCAAUUUAGUCCGGGUAAAGACAAGUUUCUUAUUAAAAAAAAAAAAAUAGUCAUUUUACGUUAUUAAAAAUACCAAAUGUUUGUUACUCAUUGAAACCCCAAAAAAAAUGUUGCGUAGUAUUAAAAAUACUGAUAUUUUCUUCAUUGUUUUGCACUUCAUUUCAUUAGUUUCAUGUUCACAGCAAUUAAUUAUCGAUUUACGAGAGAAAUUCUGUCACUAUAGUCGUUAAUAUGAAAUAAUCGUUUAUUAUCAAAAUAAUAUAUUUACGUGACAAAUUUUUUUCCCCGUAAACCAUUAAUUAAUUGUUUAUUUAAUUUUCUUUUCCGUUACGAAUGAGAAUAUAACCUCUAGCUAGUGAACAAUAAUAAUGUGAAAGAACAUCGCGUACAUUAUACGAAAAUAUUUUUUUUCUUAUCUUAAUAAUGACAAGUCUGAU